AAAGAACUGGAUACAUAAAAAGCGAAAAUAUUGGCAAAUUCUUUUCGAAACUCGAAGGCUCAUUUCAAGUUCGCAUAUAUGACAGCGAACAUUUAAUAUCAAAUCUGAUAUCAAAUUCACGGGUUGUUUACACACCAGCCGGCGAGGUUGAUACCGGAAAAACGACUUCGAGUAUAUUGACCGACAGAAAGCCCAAUCCUCUGGUGGAGGGAGAUAUUGAUAUCAGGAAGUUGGAACAAAAUAUAAAAAACAUUAGCCCUUCUAAAACAUUUGAACGUAAGAGGAUUUACAAUAUGAUUUACCAGGAAGCAAUGUUGUCAACUGAAAGAGAUGUUCUCGGAAACGAAAAGGGAAUUUCGUUCACGAACAUGCUCUUGCUACUGGCUCAUUAUAAACUUGUAAAUGACGAAAAAUGUUUAACGAUCAACGAGUACAUCAAGAGGGCUAACAAAUUGGAGCAAGUAAAAGAUAGCGUUAGUAGAGAUCGCGUAAGAUCUCUAUUACGUACCAUCUAUUGGCGUAGAAAAUUCAAAGCCAUCAGAGAAAAUAGAAGGAGUAAAGUCGAAUCUG